GUGCGCAUCGCCGUUGACCUGCAUCUGCAGCAAAACCAAAGCACAACCCCCUCACACAAUUGGGCAGCUUAUACUCGAGCUUGAGCCACCAUAGCAUACGUGCUGCGUGGCAUUCCAUUUUUCCUGUCGCCAAAUCCAAGCGUGGACGGAGGCGGGGGUUGCGACGGAGCUUUGUCUACUGCAUCCGCAACGACACUGCGAGAUCGGAUCUAGUGACCAAGUCUCAAGAUGCGGGACGGUGGCCUAGGAGGCAAACUGGUGAAGAGGAUGAAACGAUUCGGUGAUACUUUAAACCCUGAUGACGCGUACCUAAGCUAUCAUGAUAUUCGAUUAACCAGAGGAGACAUGCAAUCUUUAAAAGAUGACUGGCUCACAGAUAAUGUAAUCUCUUUCUGGGAAGAAUAUCUCGAGCGGGAAUUCCUCUCCCAUUCCAAAUCCGCCAAUAUCGUUCUUCUGCGCCCCAGCAUGUCCUUUAUGAUUCUCCAGACUCCAGACCCUCGAACUCUCCGCGAGGCCCUACCGGACUUUUCCCGUACUACGCAUGUUUUCCUGCCGAUCAAUGAUUGUCGUAACGUCACCGAAGCCGAGGGCGGCACACACUGGUCAUUGCUGCUCGUGUCGAUCGUUGACGGCCUCGCUUUCCAUUAUGAUUCCCUGCCGCCUGGAAACUUCUGGGAGGCGCAGGCUGUGACGAUGAAGUUAGGAAACUUGUUGAAUCGGAAUAUCCGAUAUGUCCAUUUGGAAGACUCGCCCGUUCAGGAGAACGGGAGUGACUGUGGGGUGUUCGUCUGCUUGAGCAUGCGGUAUCUCUUGUUGAAGCGAUUAUUGACAGCGAAUACGAACGAGAAGGUCAGUUUGAGUCUAGGCGGAAGAAAGGUGGAUGCGAGAUCCGGCCGGAAAGAAAUCGCGCGGAUCAUUGAGGGGUUCAGGAAGGAGGGGGAGAGGCGAAGAUCGGCGAGUAUGAGUCCAAUGGGUCAUAGGUCGACAAGUCCGCCCAGGAUCGAGUGAUGGGUGUUAUUUCUAUAUGAAUUGAAGGGACGGCGUGGAGCUGUUGGGAGGACUCAUAUUAAUAAGGGACGGAGAGGGACAGUUAAUGUUUUUACAACCCGUCCCUCCUCUCCAUCCCGACUUCACUACAUUGUUAGUUCAUCAUUACGCACCGCUA